GAAUCAAAUAAGCUUGUCAGAGUGUGUAGAGAAAACGAUGGAAACCCCUCACGCUACCGACUCAAUGAUUAUAGCAGCUAGCAGGGCUACCUGAGCAUCUAUUUUACGUCCCCGAACACAAGGCACCAACGUGUUAACGUACAGGUAACCACGAAACCUAACGAGGUAGCUCGAUUCGACCAGACGGCGGGUACACCUCGCUUUCGACAGAGCUUUCGCAAUGUUCGUCUCGCUCGCAAAGCUUCCGAGGCGCUGGACGCUACGCAAGCUGUUCUCAGGUGAGUCAGUGGUGGAGGUAGCACGGCAAGCGAACAACAUCAACACCUUUAUGAAAUCGGGGAUCAAUCGUACGAACACCAUCGCGGUUGCAGCCAAACAGAAAGCGUUUUGCCGUGGAAUGCAGGCCAGAGAAAAGAAGAAACUGAAUUUACGAUUUCAUUCGAAACUUCGUACGGAGCCGCGCAAGAGGUGUCUCCGAGCUGUCGGUCUCCUGAGUUCCGUAAUCGAAAACAUACGGUUCAAUUUGGCUCCUAGCCAUGUUGAGGGAUUUUUCAAGCUGGUGGGUGUUUUGUGUAAUGUGAUAAUACAAUUACUGUCGACUGGAUUGCACUUAUUGAGAGUUAAACUAUGCAUGAUCGAAACCCUGUGUGCGGAAGCGCAGGUCAAUAAACAGUAAGGAUCACUCGUUUGUCCUAGGAAACGGUUGUGUUUUCUACGGUGUGAAAGUGUCGAAUUCAAGUUUUUCUUCGUCUGAAGGUGUCCAGUUGGAAAAGUGAAACACUUCGAAGGUGUGUUUUUCGUUAUGUUGAAUUCUGCAACCGAACGUCUAAUGUGUGAAGUCGAGGAAAUUGUCGCUGCGGUGGGUCUUUCUUGUGUUCUGUUUUCAAUGCUUCGGAAAUAUCAAGGAUAAAAGUGGAGCGAAACUCGAGAAAACAGAAACGAUGAUUACUCGUUUCUCGAAAAUGUAGUGUAACGGAACCAUAUUCAGAAAUUUAGAUUUAUUUUGUUUUGUUUUUUUUUCUCUCUGAUGGUGAAGCUGCGAUCUUGAGUUGGUGAGUGAGUGAAAAAAUAUUCUAUGCAAUAUUGGAACGAUCGUCUGGGACGAGUCGGAAAUAAGUGUACUGUCAGUGCAGUGAUCUUGCUCUUUUUCCAACUCCGAAAGUUAGUAGUCUUGGUUGGAAGGCUUUCGGGUGCAGAAAUGGAUAAGUGUGCAUUUGUGGAUAUGUGCAGCUUCGUGGACCAACAGAAGAGUUUCUGAUGCGUGGAAGAACCGAAGAAUGAACAACCACUUCGAGCGGAGAAGUGUGCGAUGAGAUGAAUUGAUAUUUAUUUACACGGAGAGCACACGGAUCGCCGAUGAAGUUUGCUUCAGCGAGAGGAACCAUCGAGUGAUAUACCAUCGUCGGGCAAAGUAGCCCAAAUCAUUGUUAUGUGUGGAAUUUGCAUGCAUUUGGUGAUGUGUGAUUUCUGGCUUUUUUCCCCUGAAUGGGAUUAUGCAACACCCUACUCAGUAGCUGCAAAAAGAAGAAUAAAUCGGUGUGAUAUGGAUACACGGGGUAUGUGAGGUCGAACGAAACGCUGAAAUGCUGUUACGUUCAAAUAUUCCUAUAUGGAACAACAACGAACAAUUAUGUUUGGUGUGUCGAGCGUGCAUCAGCAGCCUCUUAUUAGCUGCAUCAAUAGGAUCCAUAACAAUAACAGUAGUGAAGACUCAGACCUAGCAUCGUUGAAGUCAGGCUGUCUGGACGUUGAUGUUCCAAGCAAGGAACCGCUGAAUGAGAUUACCAACGUCGCCGGUAGCGAAGAUCGGAGCGUCAUGAAGUGGAAAAGCUCCAGUUCCAGUCUGAGCAGUGCCAACGAUAAUAGGAAAAGCACAUUCUACACUCAGGCCGAACAAAAGGAGAUAAACGGCACGUUUGUCGCGAUGAACGACGACAGUUACUCGACCAUGACGGAACUUCGCAAUCCAGAGGUAAGUUCCGAUGGAGACGAUCGAAGUGUCAUAAUGGGAGGUACGUUGCCCCUGAGGGGAGCUGCUGCCGGUUUGUCGGCGGCUGCGGGCGGAACCAAAAAACGACGUUCCGCUGCUGGCAGCAGCAGCCUGGAAGGUGUUAUCAGCAGCAAGAACCACCUGAAACUAGUCAGCGCAGAGCUGGAGUGGGAACGCAAAUUUCGCGAUGACCAACUUUCGAAGAUACUGAAAGCGUUGAUCUAUUUCGAGGCGCGGCUCCAGAACGAACAUAAAUUGAUCCGGCAGCAGUUGCACGAGAAGGAUGACGUGAUCAACCGACAGAAUUCCACCAUCAGUCGGAUGAAGCGCAAGCUGGGCGAAGAGGACGACCUGGGCGAGGCGGAACUGCCAGAGGUGGCCCAGUACUGUCCGAAGUGCCGGAAGAGCUACUACGGGAUGCAGUUCCGGAGUAGUGGCAGUCAAACCGUGGAGUAUCGUGAUGACGGUCGGGAGAGCGUUAAUACAGAGAACCUCUCCGUGAACAGUGUCGAGUACGCCUCGUCGAGCGAGGAACAGGACUCGUCGCUGUACGUGCGUGCCAACUCGUUCAAGGAUGCCAGACGCAGCCGCAAGUACACCAGCAAGCGUUCGUACCAGGGCUACACGCGACCAUCCUCCUCCCGUCAGAGCAGUUUCAAAAGCACCACGAGCAGUGUGAACGGCGUCGGCGGCGGGGGUACCAUGAGAGGGAGAGGGCCGGGCGGUGCUGGCGGUCGCAUGGCCGAAGAAAGCAACGAAACAUACGAGAACAUCGAACCAAAAAUGAAUGUGCCUAAAAUUGUGAUUUACGAAAACUACGAGAGCGAUAAGGAGAACAAGGGUAUAAUGGUGGGAGCGAAUGAUUACGACUUGGUGGAACCUUCGUACUCCAACCGGAUGAAUUCGAUGCAUGGGAUAAAGGCGAGUGGAAGGUUAGGGUCUGGCGGUUUGUCGCAAGAAACUAUGUCCAGAAAUGAUCAGAACGACACGGAUGAUGAUAUUGAAAAUAUAAAACCAAAAAACAGUGGCAACCAACAAAAGUAUACCGAGGGGAUGGAGAUGAAGCAAACUAUUGAGACGAAUGACGAUUGGUAUGCAAGUGCUAGCGAUAUGGAAGACUCGGACACAGCAUUGGGCAAGCCAUACAGCAACGCGGCGGUUAAUCCGGUGCUGGAAUGUGUUAACCAGAUACUUAUCCAACAAUCGAUGGAUGGUUUCGGUGAAAACAAGGAACCACUCAACAGUAACGAGGACGAGUUGUAUAUAAAAUCCCAAGAGCCGCCCAAGGAACCUUCACAGGUGCGAUCGAAGCGAGUUCACUUUUCAACGCAAAACAGUAUGGUUCAGGUUCCUCGAAUCAAUCUACAAUCCUCUCCGAUAUCCCGCAAGGAGGAUAAAGCUUCACCCACCUAUGAAAUCCAGAGCAUAUACAGCAACGAAUAUGAACCGAUUGGUUCGGAACAAAACUCCUACUCUAACUACUACGUGGACAUGGAGUCCAAGUUGGGGUCGGAGGACCGCGAACGAGAACUGAUGGCAGCCGAGAAGCGGAAAACUCCACCGGCUCUUCCACCGAAACCGGCGAAUCUCCUCAAGCUGCAGCAAAUUUCCAAACAGCGGAUGGUACAAAUUAAGGCGAAAAGUUCCUCUGGCAAUAGCGACAUCGCGGAAUCCGAGCCGGACUAUUGCUCAAUCAGCGAGAUUCAAGAUACGGUGAAGUGUGUUCAGAUCGUGGCGGAAAUCCACAAGGAAGCCUGCGAAGAUGAUUAUUCGGUGGUCGAUGAGGAGCUGGAGGAAACCGAAAGUAAGAAGAGCACCGAUCCGGAGGAAUCUUUCGCAGAUGUACCGAAGCUACCAAACGUAGCGGAAAUCGUCCCACCGAAGAAGGACUCUUUGACAAAGUUCAUCAGCCAAGAUAACUACAUAACGAAAUCGAAUAGCGGAUCGCCGGCGAAGGGAACACCCACGAAGAAAGACGGGGAAUUCCGAGAGCAACUGUCUGAGAUUAUAGCAGAGAUUAACAAGCAGUCGCCUGCAAUCCGAAACGCCUCCAAGAAGCACGUUCCCGUGAAGGACAUCGGAGGAGGAUAUAGGAACACGUCUAACAUCCCUACCUUAGGCUACCCAACCAAGCUAAAAACGGUGGACAAAGUGAGCUUCCUCAGCAAGCUGAAUUCUGGUUCGAUAUCGAAUAUCAACGGUAGUUCGAAGAUAGGAGGAACGCUGCCAAAACCAUCAAGACCAAUAGUGUUCAAAUCAAACCUACAAACGAAGCCUUUGGGAACCAAUUCCAGUUCGGUCAACGGUUUGAAUCAACUUGUGCCGGGUAGCCCAAACAAGAGCGGUUCAUUCAUCCCCAAUCUUAAAUCUCCUGGCACCACAAACUCUCUAAACAGCAGUUCCCCCAAAACCUCUCCCGUUAAGAAACCACCAGCUGCGGUCAUCAUCGCCGAGGAUAGCAAAUUACCCAUUCAAGCCGAGUUUGAUUGGUAUAAUUUGGAUGCGGAAUUCGGUAAACCCAACCAGCCUGAUAUCAUCAUAGAAGCGGAUGCGGGAAGUGUAACCGAGCAGAGUGAGCUGGAGGAUGACAAGAAAGCUCCAAUCGAUGAUACGAACUCUGCAAACGGCCACAGUUCCGAGGCCAGUGGAAGUGACUUGGAGAACGUGGAAUACAAUCUGGACGAGGCGUAUAAGUCCAUGGCACCGAUAGUGCAGCCGCCGGAUAUCAUCCAGAAAAACUCGUUGACCCCGAUCAAUGGCAAAAUCCCGUACAACAGCCUCUCCUUCAAGGAGCUGAUGGCUUUGAACGAGACUCCGAAGAUCGAAAAAAUCAAGUCAUCCGCCAUCGACCCGUCCAACGGGAACUAUGAACACUUCCUGGACGAUUCCGGUCUGUGCUCUAAGCCGAUCAUUCUGCCGAGAAAGAAGAGGGUCUACUAUUCGGGCCCAUUUGUGUAAGAGGACAUUCACCUGGCUUCGAUGGAUUCGGUUGAACCAGAAAAAAAGUUAGGAAAUUCUUCCGUCGCUCGCUGCUGUGGCGUUUUAUUUUCAGCUCUGCUCCGAUUCGUACGCUAAUCACGUCAUUGGCGUGAAACUAGUUCAGUAGUUCAAUGAAUGAUGUUCGUAUGCGCGUCCGUCUGUACUCAUCUGUAUUCGUCCACCGUUUCGACCUUGUGGCGGUUUGGAAUGCAAUUACCGUGCCGCCGUUUGACGGGGCUUUGCGAAAGCGAAAAUCUAAUAAGUCAAUCUGCAUAAAUGGAAAUCAUACGCGCGUGAUCCGAGGCGUGCGCGUGAUUCGGUUAGAAGCAUAUGUAUGCGCAACAUCAUUGAUGAUCACGCGGUUUGCGUUUAGUGAUAGUCAGGAUUUCGGAUCAGGGAUCAUGAUGAAAUGGAUCUAGGGUUGUUUCUAGAACGAGUUUAAAAAUUAGCAAUACCUCGAAGCCAUCAUGCCUGGGAGACUUUGAAAUCCAUUCGGCGUUCAAUGCGUUAGCAGAAUUCUCAAGAAUGUGAAAGUUCAAUUACGGCAUGCUUUCUAUUACGGCAUUGAAAAAUACAUUCCGUCUGUUUCAAUGCAUGAAUAUAUUGCUCAUUUGGAAAACAUAUUCAAUUUAUUGCAUUUUGUCGACUAAUGCUCGGCGGCUUAGUGGAAUCAGUAAAUUGUUCAUUUAUUUUAAAACAUUUAUAUGUAAUACCUAUGAACAAUUGGCGACCGAGCUCUAAGCAAUCACGAUGAUGCUUCAUGUCAACGUUUUGAAUGCAUCUCUUGAUUCUACCAAUCAAAGCUCGAACUGAGGCAGAUUUGUCGAGUUGAGAUUUUUAGGUACAAAUGGGAUCGAACUGGUGUUCAGGAAUGAUUGUGUUCCUUUUUGCGUAAUACGAUGUCGCUUUAUCCGGCCAAAACACGUAUUGUUCAUCUGCAUGAGGUUUUGAUAAAACGGCAUUCGUUCUGGUAUACAUCUUGAUUGAUGACCAAACCAGAUGGCUUAAACUAGUGGUGACCAACCUGCGGCACUUCGUCGUUGUUCAUGAGGCCCGCAACCUGAUUUAAGAAAAAAACAAAAUAGCGACUAUAAGAAUAUAGUUAAAAAUUCUUCCACACAAUCGAAUAAAAAUAACUUUGUGAGUAAUAAUCGUUAAUCAUGUGUAUCCAAGCUGAUCAUUUUCUGUUUUCUUUUCCGUAAUUUAACCUUCUGACAAUUGUUCUCGUUAGUACUCAAAGGAUUUCUCCACGUUUUUGGUUCUGUUCUGCUCACAGUAGUAUAAAUUCGUGCAAGUGAUAAGUGAGUGUCGGGAUAGUAAAACCGGGUUUAUACGUUUUCAGUUACUCGGUUGCGAGAAACGAUCAAACGAUCCGAAGAACCACGAACGUACCCAUACGAUGAAAUUUGACAUUUGAUAUGUAUGUAUGAAAUAAGCGGGCGAGUAGCCUAAAAACUUUGCAAAAAUAUGGAUUGCAAAUCAAAUAUCAAAUUUCGUAGUAUAGAUACGUUCGUAAUUCUUCGGAUCGGUUGGCGUUCACUCGCAACCGAGUAACUGAUAAUGUAUGAACCUGGCCGCUGGAAACUUUUUCAAGAGCCUUAUGAGAGAGAACGGGAUGUACGUACGCGUGAGUACAUAAGAGAGAGAAAGAUUGGGAGGAAAUUCAUUCGAUUUUGCUGUGCUGUCGCAAUUAGAGGGCAGUCGAGUUCAUUCACCAUUUUAAUCACUUUUUUUAUCGCUGUGGCGUGUGUUGUGUAAUUUGAAUCAAAAUGGAAGCCUGCACUAGUAAAAAAAAAAGAAAAUUGGCUGACGAAGGUCGUGUAUACCGUGUUCAAACAACAAAUAGGAAAUUUUCAUUUUACCCAUUAUCUGACAUUGAGAAUUUCUCAAGUGUCGACAUAGGGAAAAUGUUGAUGCACUCCAGUCGAUUAAUGCUGAAUUGCCUCGCAGAUUUUGGUACUUCAAAACAAAUGAUAGAAUUCACGCUUAAUUUUUCAAUAGGACCUAUCUGUUUUGAUCGAUUCUCUUCAUCGACAUUCUCUAUCGUUAAAUACUCAGCGGGAAAAGCAUUCCCUAAUCUGUUCGAUGAUCAUGAGUGAAGAAGGGAUUCUCGUUUAUCAAACUAUGUGGCAAAACUGGCGCAAAAUCGGUAUGCCAGGCCGUGGUAAUUGAAAGAGAAAGCCAGUAAAGAAAAUAGAUCGAAACAGGUAGGUCCUAUUGAAAAGUUAAGCGUGAAUUAUCCAAUUUUCUCUACCCCAUCCAGUUUCGUAUUCACUGCAGUAGUGUAGUUCGAUGUCACCCUUCAUUCUAACCAUGUUUACCAUGUUUCGUGGUUCCAUCAGUACUUGUUCAGUUUCCUAGCAACGAUAAAGUUCGGUCUGUACUAGAAGCGUGUGGCAGCUGUCACGUUAACUAAGUGCGAGAAAACAGCAAAACAGAUCUACGAACUGCUCGAACCCUUUUCUAACAAUGAACGAUUCGUGUUCCGUACACCUACAACAGUUGAAAACAGCUGAUGUGGGCGAUAGGCCUAAAAUGGGACGUCCGAGGUCGGUACGGUUGCACAAUGUUGUCUAUGUUGUUCAUGAACGCGUUCAACGCAGUCCUCUUCGGGAACAAAUGCGUUUAUCAGUCGAAAUGAAUUGGUGCGUACAUUGAUGUGUGAGUCAUUUAUUGUCGCAUUUAUUGUCGCCCAUAUUGUUUGGAACGAUGCGAAAAACUCCUAGAACGGUUAAAAACCGAGACUAGCAGUAAACCUACCAGACUUCAUCUCCGCAAAUUAUUGCCCAUUUGACAAUCCAUCGGAUUAUUCACUUUGGGCCAAAUUGGAGGAUUGGAGGAGGACGUUCUCAUUAGAAUCACCAAUCGUUGAAGAAUUCUAUCGAGAAGCGUGCAAAGAUUGACGGUUGGCUUUAGCGUUUUCGACUCUGCGUGAAGGAGAGAUGGUUUAACAAUUUUGCCAAAAAUAUUUAUUCUGGAUACGUUUAUACCUUCGAUAAAAGUUUUGGAUUUUUAUCUCAUUUUCUUCUCGUGUUACGAAUUUUAAAGGGAUAGAACUGAAUGCUUUCUAAUUUAAAAUAAAAAGUGAGUCAAAGAAAGUGCCAGUUAAAUACGUAUAUUUUACGAUUCAUUAAGAAAAGUAGUGAAAAAAAUCAUUGCGGCCCGCGACUGUAACGAAAAUUGUAAUGCUAAAAAAUAUCUCUUUCGGAAAUGAAAAUGUACAGCAUCACAUUCUGUUCAAACUUAUGCUUAAACAUAUAUUUGAAGUUCGGAGAUGCAGCAGAACUAUCCAUGAAAUAAGUACUGAGGCAGAAAAAAAAUUAAAACUUUAAACACCUGUAACUCUCAAACCAACUUCGCUAUUAUAAAAAACAGAACAAAAUUGAAAAGUAAUUUAAAUUUCCGAUUAAACUGAUAGUAAUAGAAUUUACACAUUUUAUUUUUUGCAGAACUCUUCUAUCUUCAAAGGUAUGCCUUCCGUUAGGGACUUUACUGUAGUUUCGGAUACUUUCCUGACUGCGAUGUUCCACUUACUACGAAAUUUGCAAUGUUUUCGGUUCGUCUCUUCAUUGACUUAUUGACUUCAAGUUUCUUUCAAUUAAAGCCCAACAUUUUACAAUCGAACCAAACUCAGGAGAGUUAUGCAGUGACGGGCGUCUCUAGCAACCAAAAUCACAUGAUUGUCUUCAUACCAUGUCAAUGUUGCUUUGGCAUAAUGACAUGAAUGACAAUAUACGCUUUUGUAGGCACUCUUUAAUGAAAAUUUCAGAAUUUAUACUUCCAGUGGUCACAAAUGAUUUGCUUUUGGCACCACAUCUACAAGUCACUUGACAAACCAGAAACUUCUUUGGAAACUUUGAUUUCUUUUUUUUGUUUUGAGUUUUUCGUUGAUAUCCUCUCGUUUCAUUGCUGAACAAAAUUCCUGGAGUUAAGAGAAGUCACACAACACAUGAGUUUCGUCAUCCAUAAUACAGCUUUUUUUCUCAAAAAAUCGAGGAGUUGUAUCCUAGACACGACCGCCUAGGACGUAGGACUACGCAAUCGUUUUUUUGAAAUUUUCUAGUUUAUCAUUUCGGAUAUUAUUUGCGAAUACGUCGGAAUUUCAUAAAUAAUUCUUUAGUAAAAAGUUCCGAAGACACUGAAAGGGUUGAUUGACUUGCGUGGUUUUGUAGAAUCAUUUCGAGAAGCAACGAUUCUACACUAAUUGGUCAUAUGUCGCAAUUUAUUUCUUUAUAUCAAUGCACGCAUUGCACUGAGUAUUUAACGAGAGGCAUAUUCCGUGCAUCGCCAUUCGACAAGCAACAAACACGCGUCUAACAGAUGAACACAGUUGCAGCGAUAAAAAUGAAACAUUGCGAGAAUGACCUUUUAUGAAAAAUCGUUCCGCGACUCUCGGUCAAAACCGUCAAAAAAGGUAGGAGCUUGUUGCAUCAGAACAGAGCCGAUGCGCACGAGAGCAAAUACGAAUGGCAACUAAAAGUAUCGAAAGUGUGCUGUUCACAUGUACAGGAAAUGAAAAAGUUCUAUGUUUCACGCAACGCAAACAAGCAACACACACAAAGCCAAACACUGAUAGCUAGAAGCGACCUAUAAUCAUUUGCACUCUUCUCUUUUCUCGCUUGCUUUGCCAUGGCUCGGAUGGUUGUGUUAAUUGCAAUGCCAGAUGCACUUCAAGUGAAAUAUUCGCUAACGUUCACAGCUCGAGGGGAAACAUAUAACACAAAACGAGCAGAAUAAGCGUGUAAAGUGCAAAAUACGGGGUAGAACUGCCCGUUGACUCAGUGAACCCUUGUUGUAGAAUGCGAGUAGUUGGUGGGGUAUUACCUUAUCUCACCUCACCUAUCAAACGAGAUCCGGAGUGAAUCGUACUGUAUCAAGAAAUCGGCUCCAUCCAACUCAUUUUGGCCUGUUUGCCGGAAUUCCAUGCAUCUCAACACUCAUAAGUCAUUUUCGAUCGUGCGCACUGUGCUACUCUGUUUUGGGUGCCGGAGGGAUUACUGAAAAGAAGCUUUUAGACCGGAUUGUGUCCGGUAUCCUUACAAAGUCGUCAGUGAAACCUUGCAAUUGGGCCUGCCGUGUAAAAAUUGUGCAACUCGUGUCGAUGCUCGCCCUUCGGGUGAUACCCUCAAUGGCGAUGUUGAAUAACAAGCAUGAUAGUCCAACCCCUUGUUUUAAGCCUCUGCGCGUCUCGAAGAGACCCAAGAGUACCUCCGAGACACGCACGUAGCCCAUUACACGUUUCAGGGUAGCCUUGCUCAGUCGCGUUAAAUUGUCGGGGAAAGUGUCCCGAUUCUCGUACAUUAUUUGCCUGUUCUCGGUCGACUAUGUCGUAUGCUGCUCUGAAGUCAAUGAAAAUGUGGUGGGUAGUUACAGCAUUCCAGCUUGUCGUCUUACUUGCAGAUGGGGCAGACGACUCCUGUGCAGUGCUCUAGCAAGCGUUACUCUAGCAUUUUUAUUGAGCUCUCCGGGUAGGUCGUCUUUACCGGUGGCUUUGUUGUUUUUAAACCUUCCAAUCUCACUCUGUGGGCCUGAUCACGAACGUCACUUCACGGUGAAAACGAUAACCUU